GGCUGGACAGAUUCUGUGCUGCUUCUAGUCUGCAGAGUUUGGGUUUUUUGCGUGUGGAAGGAAGCGGUGUGGUUAGAGUUUCGGCUCAGAGGUGUCAGAGCUGAAACACUUCCUCGUCCAUUACUCUCACCCCUCCGACCUGCAGAGAAGACCAAUGGCUCACAGUCCACCUCAGAGCAAACUGACCUCACAUGUAACAGACUGAUUUCACAUUGUCUCAUCUAACUUGACACAGGACUCCUAUCUCAGUAAAAGCACUAGUGUGGAGUUUGUGUGUGACCUUAAGAAACCCUGGCGGAAAGUGAAAACUGAUGACUCUGGUUUCGGGUGUAGAGCAGGUCUUCCUCUGUCCUGAACGAUGCCUCGUUCUUUCUUGGUGAAGCGAGGAGGGCUGCACCACCCUCGGCCCGCAGCGGGAAGCCCCAGCCCUGGAUCAACCCCAGUAACGUUCAGCCAGCUAAAAAAAAAGAUGGGGCCCCGGGAUACAUCUCUGGAGUACUCCACAGCAGAAACACCAGAUAAUAACGCAUUGUUGCAGAAGGACAUUCCAGCUACCAGUCACUCUAAUGGGAGGGAGCACUUUCAGCUAAUGGGUCCCAGAUCUUAUGACUGUAGACCUGCUGAGCCCUGCCGUCCUGUCAAGUCAAAUACUUUUAGUCCCGUGGAGAAAGUCGACUCUGGCCCUCUCACACCAGUGCUAUGGUCCAGACCUGAUGUGAGCUCAGGAUAUGCAGACAAGCUGUCAGUGAGACUGGGGGACUUGACUCAGCACCCAGAGAUCCUGAGGGAGACCAGGACCGGUGGCCGCUCGAAGGUCUAUGCUCCGAGACAAGAGUGUCUGCUCUGUAACAAAAAAUUUUCAGUUCUGUCCAGUUUGAAUACUCACAUGUGCAAGAGUCGUGGAAGCAGACCACCUCUUUCAGCAGCACACAUCAAGUCCAGCAGGACAAAUGCUGUGCAGCCACCGUGCAGGGGCAAGGAGAGGAUGUUUGGCUGUGCGGUGUGUGGAAAGGUAUUCAAGCGCUCCUCCACCCUCUCCACUCAUCUGCUCAUACAUUCGGACACCCGGCCGUAUCCCUGCCAGUAUUGUGGCAAAAGGUUCCACCAGAAGUCUGACAUGAAGAAACACACCUUCAUACACACCGGAGAGAAGCCCCAUGUGUGUCAGAUAUGUGGGAAGGCGUUCAGCCAGAGCUCCAACCUCAUCACCCACAGCCGCAAACACAGGGACGACCGCCCCUACCGCUGCCCUCGCUGCCUCUACAGCUUCCAGCACAAAGUGGACCUGCGGCAGCACCAGGAGCACCACUGCACCUACCGCUGACUCUUCCACAGCUGGGUCAACACCACAGUGGAAACACCUUCAGGACAGAAAACUCAGGACUGUGUUGUUUUUAUGACCAAGUCAAAUCUUUUAGGGGCCAAGUCUUUUAUAUGUUGUAUUUAACUGUCUUUUACAUACUGUUCUUUACCCUGCUCACAGGUUCUCGGACCCAGUAAUAGUUGAUUAUUUCAUGGCUCUUGCAGCACAACAAAACUUGGAAGCUGUGGUUAACUUGAAUCCAUUGUGUGCUUGUUCAACUGUAAAAAUCCAGUACCACCAAGUAUUCUCUCAUGCGUUUUAUUUUGAUAUACAAGAAGGUUUAUGGUUAUUGGUGAUUUCUUUCAUUAACAGCACGUCAAGAGCUGAGAAAAAACGACGUCUCCUCAUGUGGUUCCUAACAAAAUAAUGAAUGUCAUUACUAAAGAUGACAGCCAUUGUUUUUCAGUGAAAUGCGGUAUAUUUCCCUCGUGGUUUGUCAUUCUUCUCCGUGAUCUGUGGUCAUGUGAGGGCAGAACUCCAAGUUUCAUGUGCCGCUGAAUUUUCCAUUUACAGUAGAAGAUUUUAGAAAUGUAGCUUUAACACAAACAGGUGACACUACAUGAUUUCAUUACAUCUCCCACUUUAAAAGCAUUUCAAACAAACUGCUUGAAUUAAUGUGGUGCAUCAUCAGUAUUAUGCAAAUGAUCUAAAUCCAAAAGCUGCCUAAACAGCAGUGAAGUUAAGUAUACAAGGCUACAGUGAAUAUCACUUUCCCCGUACUGUUCUGCAAAUUAGAGUUCACAAGGAGCUCAAAACAUAGAUAUAUCGUUUCUGCUUUUGCUUUGCAUUAUGUUUUUAUUUAACUUGAGUUUUGACACAAGACACACAUUAGAGACUGUUUUAUUCUUGAUUUGCAGAUUGUGGACAGCUUCAGCUGCUAAAAUCCAUAUUCUUUCUGUACCACUUAGCUCUGGCAACAUUAUAUUGGAGUAGUCUCCACCUGUUGUGUUUUCAUCCACGUUAUCAUAGGAAUGGACGUUUUCGUCCCCCAUAUUGUAGGCUGCUAUCCCUCCUGCAGAGACAAACACAAAUGAAAACAAAGUCAGCAAACAAAGUGUGAAGAAAAGUCCAUGCAUGUACGAGUCGACUGAUUCGGUAAAACAAACCUUUCAGCUGCUGCUCCUUGCUCCAGUUGUCCCAUUCACCCUGUGGAGUGUGUCCACCUCCACUUGGAUUAACAUCAACCUACAAAAAUGGGAAUGAAAUGGGAUGAAGCCCACUCCUGUUAUUGGAUUGUAAUGUGAGGUUGUACUAAGAGGAUGCAUCAUCAACCUGCAUCAGGCCCCAGGCGUUGUACGCUCUUCGGUUCGGGUCCCAGUCUCCCCAGCCAUCUUUCAGUGUAUUUCCAGCCCUGGACUCUCUGGAGAUGAUGGCAGCAAUGAGAGCUGGAUCGAUACCAUAUUUAUCUCCCAAUUCCCAA